UUGUUAGAAUGUAGACACCUAUGUUGUUACAAAACUACUUUGCACAUUUAUUCAAAUAUCUCACAAAUUACAUUCGAGUUUCUGAUGAACAUAGAAACAUAUGCAGUAUUCACAUUUUUUUUUUUUUUUAACCACAAAAUGUAGCCUGUCCAUUUAUUUACUUCCUGCAAAAUUAUACCGAAGACAUGCAGAAAUAACUCACAACUACUAUUCCCAACAGCCAGAUAUAGAUUUUUAAGCUUCGAAGUGUACAGAAUUAUACAUAUUUCUACUGAUAUUUCCGCUUACAUGAUGUUCUGCACCAGCGACGUUGCGCCAGCAACUAAAUGGAUGAAAUCAUGCCGCCAAAUGCCAUGGAUGAUAAGUCUUGAAGAUCAAUACAUAACGGAUGAUCAAAUGAAGGCAGCGUAUCAAAAUACACGCCUUGAGCACGACGUACGGCUCGAUAUCAAUUCUAGUCCUAAACUAGCACGACUUACUCGAAUUAUGGUCACACUAGGUAGAGCGAAUUCUCAUCCUGACGCUGUGGUUAACAUGAUGAUGGCUGGUGCAAAUAUCGUUCGUUUGAACAUGUCCCACGAGACGGAGAAGUGGCAUGCAAUCACUGUACAGUCUGUUAGAGAAGCGGGGAACAAAAUGUACGAACUCACGAGCGAGGUUUAUCCUUUAGGAAUUGCAAUGGAUCUUCACGGUCCUGAAAUAAGAACCGGUGUAUUCCGUGGUGAUGAGAAGAGUAUAGGAUACGCUAAAUUAGAAGAGGGUAAAUUGGUGAAAUUGGUAACCGACGAUAUAGCAAAACGCGGAGGGUCUGCUAAAUGUUUCUGGAUUUCUUACUCUGAAUUGCCACGCGUGUGCCGAGAAGGGGACAGAAUAUUGAUUGAUCGAGGCACCGCUUUGUUACAAGUCUCCUGCAUCCAUGAAAAAGCUGUAACUUGUAGGGUCGUUAAAGGUGGUAUCGUGAGAGAUAACAAAUUGGUACAGUUACUAGAUAGUACAGUCUCGUUACCACAAAUAUCGGAUAGAGACACCGGGCACGUGAAACUGGCUUCGAUGUUGGAAUGCGAUUUCCUUAUAAUGAAUCAUACACGCAACGUAAGGAUGUUGCACGGGAUGAAAAGUCGCUUGAAGCAAAUGGGUGUUACUAAAAUUUGUGUCGUGGCCAAAAUCUCCACGCAGCAAGGUUUGGAGAAUUUCGACGAAAUCUUAAGUACAGCUGAUGCUAUUCUCCUCGACAGAAAUAGCAUCGAAGUGGACGUGGGUAACGAGAAAUUGUUUCUAGUGGAGAAAAUAAUAAUUGCAAAAUGCAUUAGGAUAGGGAAACCAAUUGUGUUAGGGUUUCAAGUGUAUAACAACGAAGAGUUAAACAUUGACAUGAAUCUCAUUGCACACGCUGUUUUAAAUGGAGUCGAUGCAAUCUUCCUUAAAACCGGUGCUAUGAAUAUGAAGGAUAUCACUAAACUAUUAAAAGACGUUGACAUUGUAUGCAGGGAAGCUGAAAGCGCUCGAUGGCAAAAGGAAAUUUUCGACGAAUUAAGCUACAAGGUGCCAAUACCUUUGGAUCCUUUACACGCCAUCAUAGUCGGAGCAGUCGAGACAUCUUUAAAAUCAACAGCAGCAGCGAUUAUCGUUACUACAACAACUGGACGCAGCGCUGUUCUGUUGUCAAUGUACCGUCCUCGAUGUCUGAUUCUUGCAGUUACUCGUCACGGAGUCGUUGCGAGGUGGUUGCAACUCUAUUACGGUAUCCACUCUCUUCAUUACAGAAGUAAAUAUAUCUUCUACUCAUUUCAUAAAAAUAAAUAUGCUCUCCUUUGUUUUACAAAUACAUUUUUCGCCUGGCUAUACUCAGAUCAAGCAGACAAAGUUGAGUUAAAAAACUCUAGGAGUAAUAGUAUAAUAUUAUAUUAUUAUAUUAGUAUGUAUUAUAAUAUUAUAUUAUAUUACAUGAGAAAUAUAACACUAACUGUUAAAUUGAUAUUAUUGUAAAAAUAUUAGCAGUUGUGCCAGAUUAUAAUGCACUAUUUUAACAGUUAGUAUCUUAAUGAAAAUGAUUAUAUUUAAUGUAAUGGUCAACAUAGAGGAGUCGUUGGCUGAUUGGGGUAAAGAUAUACAAACCCGAAUACAGACUGGUAUCGAUUCUCUCAGAAGAAAAAGGUACAUUAGAGUUGGUGAUCCGAUCGUGGUUGUUAGCGGAUGGCGUCAAGGAACAGGCUUCAC